AUCACUUCUUUGAAAGGGUCGACACUUUCGGCGUUCACUGGAUUUGCGGUUCACUUAAAGCACACAUCAAUUGAUCCUGCACAUUCCUCGCCGGAAACUGACACGAACAUCGAGUUUCACACCGAUUGUCGACAACUGAUCCAAUCAUGUCAUCGAGUGGUGCCUCCAAGAAGAGAGUUUGCUAUUAUUAUGACGGUGAUAUCGGGAACUAUUACUAUGGCCAGGGUCACCCCAUGAAACCACACCGCAUACGUAUGGCACACAACCUGAUCCUCAACUAUGGAUUGUACAGAAAAAUGGAAAUAUAUCGGCCACACAAAGCGACUCAGGAGGAGAUGACUAAAUACCACUCCGACGACUACAUCAGGUUCUUGAGGAGUAUAAGACCUGACAAUAUGAAUGAAUAUAACAAACAAAUGCAAAGAUUUAAUGUGGGCGAAGACUGUCCCGUAUUUGAUGGUCUCUACGAGUUCUGUCAACUAUCGACUGGUGGCUCAGUUGCCGGUGCCGUCAAACUGAACAAACAGGCGGCAGAGAUAGCGGUGAAUUGGGCGGGAGGUCUACAUCACGCCAAGAAGUCGGAGGCGUCUGGCUUUUGCUACGUUAAUGACAUCGUGUUGGCUAUUCUUGAGCUCCUGAAGUAUCACCAAAGGGUGCUCUACAUCGACAUUGACAUACAUCACGGCGAUGGUGUCGAAGAGGCUUUCUAUACCACCGAUCGAGUGAUGACCGUCUCGUUCCACAAAUACGGCGAAUACUUUCCCGGAACCGGAGAUCUCCGAGAUAUAGGCGCCGGCAAAGGGAAGUACUAUGCGGUCAACUUUCCCCUUAGGGAUGGUAUCGAUGACGACGCCUAUGAAAGCAUUUUCCAGCCGCUCAUCUCAAAGGUGAUGGAGAUGUAUCAGCCGAGCGCUGUUGUGUUACAGUGCGGCGCCGACUCAUUGUCAGGCGACCGACUCGGGUGUUUCAAUCUCACUCUCAAAGGGCACGGCAAGUGCGUUGAGUUCGUUAAGAAGUUUAAUACACCAUUACUUCUGGUGGGCGGAGGCGGGUAUACCAUUCGCAACGUCGCCCGGUGUUGGACUCACGAGACGGCCGUCGCUCUCAACUCUGAGAUCGCAAAUGAACUUCCAUACAAUGAUUACUUUGAAUACUUUGGACCCGAUUUCAAACUACACAUCAGUCCCUCAAAUAUGACGAAUCAAAACACUGCUGAAUAUUUGGAGAAAAUUAAAACGCGUUUAUUUGAAAACCUCCGAAUGCUUCCUCACGCGCCGGGCGUUCAGAUGCAACCCAUCCCUGAAGACGCUAUCGAUCAGGAGAGUGAAGACGAGGACAAACAGGACGGCGACGAACGCAUUAGUAUCAGAGCGUCUGAGAAGCGGAUCGCCAGAGACGACGAGUUCUCUGACAGCGAGGACGAGGGCGACGGUCGCCGCGACAGUAGAUCUCAUAAACCAAAGGCUAAGAAAUCAAAGGUCGAGGCGAACAGUACGACGACUCCCAACGCCAACAAUAAUAAUGAGACGAAAGACAAGAAUAACGACGAGUCGAAGAAAAAGGAAGAGCCGGUCGUCGACUCGACUGAGAAGAAGGCGCCGGCAGUUGAGACACCGGCUGAACCCGAACCCGAAGCACCCAAAGCCGCCGAAGAUAAGUCGGACUCAACUAAAAAUGAGCCCUCGCCUCCCGCCUCACAGAAUGCCUCAGCGCCCGGACCUAAAGGGGAUGGCGUCGAGAAAGAGAAGAAGACGUCGUCGUGAUCUUAAUGAUGGGUUAAUUGAAUUAAAAUGUAAAUCACUAAUGAAAUUAUAAUUAAUGCCAUUAUUUAUUUGCUUCAAUGCAUGUGAAGCACUUUUCUAUGCGAUCAUUCAAAUCAUUUUCUAACUCAUAACUCAAUUAUCGGUAAUGAUUUAUCUUAGUUUCUAUUAUUGUAAUCAAAUUCUUGAUAAUAAUUAUUACUUAAGUUUUGUAAGAC